UCAAGCUCAACGGUUCGAAAGUGAUUUUCAAAAGUGAUUCGAAAGCGAUAAUUCCAUCCGAUAGGCGAUACAACAGGUGUACAGUGAACAAUUCGAUAGCCAGGCGUACCAAUGAGCAACGCGAGUGUGAAUGAGACGGAGGCCAGCGGUACGACGGAACAGCUGCAACAGGAAAGGGACCUCAAGGAGCUGCUCGAGUGGUUCCAGCAAAAUGACAGACUUCCCAAGGAGAUUGAGCCGCUUCUGCUCCGACGGUUCUAUCAGUGCAUGUUUGGGGACGUGGAGGAGACCCAGAAGCUCAUCGAGGUGAACUACGCCCUCCGCAACCGACAUCCGCGCCUGUUCAUCCAGAGGGAUCCCCUAGAUGCGGAUAGCCGACGCACCUUCGACUACGCGGACAUUUUACCGCUGCCUGGUUUGACGCCAGACAAGUACAAGGUAUCGCUGUACUGCUUUCGGGACUUUGAUGCCACCAAGAUGCACCACACGGAGGAUACGCGCGCCUUCUUUAUGGUCAGCGAUUGUCGUUUUGUGACGCCAGACGAUCCCGGAAACACGGAUAUCUUAUCUGAGGGGGAAGUGCAGGUUUUCGACAUGAAGGGUACUACCAUGCGACACAUUUCGAGGCUGACGAUCAGCACGCUUCGCGCAUACAUCAAGUUCCUUCAACUUGCAUUUCCGGUGCGCCUGCGCGCCAUCCACAUGAUCAAUUGUCCAUCAUACUUGGAUCGAAUUGUUAGCGUGGUGAAGCCAUUCAUCAGCGAAGAGGUCUUCAAACUGAUCCGCUUUCACACCCAGAGCAUAGAUACUUUGUACGAAUUUGUACCGCGAGCCAUGCUGCCGGAGGAAUACGGCGGAGAAGCUGGAUCAUUGGAAUCACUGCGGACUCAGACUCAAAAGUCCUUGGCUGAUCAUCGCGACUAUCUGAUGAACCCCGAUCACUGGGUAGUAGUUAAACCAGAGAAGCGUAACGGAAACUCGUGGAGAUUUUUCAAAUGAUUUGGCAACGGCAUAAUAGCCAGUAUUGUUUUUUUUUCGUAUUGAUAGACUUUGUAUAUGUGCCUGUGUAUGUAAAUGGUUCCUGCAGAAUUUCGUCUCUUAAAUAAAGCUCAUAUUGUAAUUACAAACGUU